AUGGAUGACAAUAUCUCAAGUUUGGAAACAGAUGUACCUUGUAACAAACCAGAAGUAGUUCUCACUAUUUUACACUUUAAUGAUGCGUACGAAAUAGAAGCAAGACCAGAAGAACCGGUUGGAGGAGCCGCAAGGUAAAGGUUAGCUAACGCUAGCUACAGCUAACGUUAGCUAGUGAGCCUUGAAAGGACAUUUAGGCCUAACUAACUUUAACGUCAGUUGGCUAGAUCCAGUCUGGGUGAAACUUCACUUUGUCUAGCGUUGGGAAAUCUAGCUAGCCUUUGUAAACAUUAGAAUUUCAUGAAACUAAAUGUUAGCUAUGGUUUUCUCCCCCAGGUUUGCCACUGCUCUAAAAGUAUUCCAGUCGCUGAAUCCUUUGGUCGUUUUCAGUGGUGACUGUCUGAGCCCUUCCUUGCUAAGCACAGUCACAAAGGGAAAGCAUAUGGUAGAUGUUCUAAAUAAAUUAGGAGUCCACUGUGCCGUGUAUGGUAAGUGCUUCUCUCCAACCAUGCAUUACUACUUAAUUGUACACAAAAAUAAUCCAGAGAGGAUCCCUUUCUCGAAGUUCAUUACACAGAGCGCGCGCUCUCUCUCUCUCUCUCUCUCUCUCUCUCUCUCUCUCUCUCUCUCUCUCACACACACACACACACACACACACACACACACAUACACAUACACAGAUUCCUCAAAACGAAUAAGGGCUCAGUUCAAUCCGCAUCGUGGUAGUUCAGCUUUACAGGGUGAUUGAAAUUUAAAGGCUAUGUUCCCGUUUUACCGGAGACUGUAUUCAAGGUAAACGAUGUAUACGUGUUGCCUCAAUAUUAUGUUGCCUCAAUCGGAAAUUACCUUUACAUUUCUAUCGUGGAAUCUGUAACGCUUCAGCUUUACAGAUUGAAUAGAGCCCUAAAUGUUGUUUCAUUGUCUUUAUCUAAGGCAAUCAUGAGUUUGACUUCGGUGUGGACCUCUUGGAAGAACAGACUAAAAGUAUGACCUUCCCAUGGUUCCUUAGCAAUGUGCAUGACAGGUCAGUUUCACCUAGCAAUACUAGGCUAUAUGCCAGUGGGUUAACACACUUAUGAGCACAAUACCUCACAAUUGUCAAUAAAUCUGCAGUUGUAACUAAAGGGCUAUUGGUUGACAGGACAAUGAGAAGCAACAUACAGUAUUUCUGUUGAGUGGUCUAUGUUGUUUUACUUCCAGUGUUUCAUUUUAAUGUAAACAGACAACAAUUGUUCACUCAAAGGUUCACUAGUGAAACGCUGGGCCAUGGCUUGGUCAGCAGCAUCCUGGAGUGGAACGGCCUGAAGAUCGGUAUCAUGGGCCUGGUAGAGGAGGACUGGCUGGAUACCCUGAGCACUGUGGACAAGAACAACAUCAACUAUAUAGACUAUGUGGAGACAGCAGAUCGGCUGUCUGCUGAGCUGAGGGACAAAGGGGCUGACCUGGUCAUCGCACUCACACACAUGAGGUGGCGUAAUGACAUCAGGCUAGCAUCCGAGUCCAACGGUGUGGAUCUCAUCCUGGGAGGACAUGACCAUGAGUACGGGGUUCUGGAGGUCAGUGGGAUUCUGAUCGUGAAGAGCGGCUCAGAGUUCAGGUACCUUUCCAAGAUUGAUGUUGUGAAGGACCAGGAUGGGACUUUCAAGUACAGCUGUGAAAAGAUAGCCACAAUGAAAGACCUUGAGGAAGAUGCAGAAAUCCAGCAGAUUGUGAAAGGAUACACUGAUAAUAUGCAGGUGAGUUUCAGUUGUUGCAGCUUAAUUAGCUUACAGUAGUCUGUUUCUGUGUUAGUAGCCUUCCCAUAUGCCACUUAGCUGACGUUUUAUGAAUUUAUGUCACUCUGUCUCAGCACAUGCUUGGAGAGGUCCUGUGCCACACAGACGUGGCCUUGGAUGGACGCUACGCCACCGUGAGACGAGCAGAGUGCAACCUGGGUAAUCUGGUCACCAAUGCCAUGCUGGAGGCCACUCAUGCUGAGGUGGCAUUUUUAAACUCAGGUUAUUACACCUUUCAUUUUCUUUAUGUUUCAGUCACAGGCAUAGUUUUGGCUUAAAAUAAAUAUUACCUCCAUAUUAUAUUUUCAUAAAAACAUUUUUACAGUGCAGACUUGUUGAAUACAGAAAGAGUUUGGCACCCAGGUUAGAAACAAGCUAUCAAUCUACAGAUGUAGGAUCUUCAUUUGAUCACUCUUUUGUUACUGAGAAUUUUCCUGCACAGCAGGAAAUGCAAACUUCUAGUGUAUUUGAGGUUUAAAAAGGCUUCUAAAGUUUGUAAUUUCCUUUUAAAAUGUCAGAUUUGAUUUGCCCUAACAAAAAAUUUACCAACCGCUACAAGAAAAUGUCCAUUAAUUAUAAUCCACAUAAUAAUUCACAUUUCCUGUUGCUGCAGGAUUAUUUUCCUGCUGUAGCAAACUGGCUCAAAUUAAGAUCCUACAUCUGUAUGAAUGAAACUGUUAAACUACAGUAUGACUCUGCCCCUGUAUAGGUACUCUGCGUUCUGACCGCUUACACCCGGUGGGCCCCCUGACCAUGCAUGACCUGCUGCAGAUCCUGCCCAUAAAUGACCCAGUGCUGGUGGUGGAGGCCACAGGGCAGCAGCUCUAUGAGGGCCUGGAGAAUGGAGUCCGCAACUACCCUGCUCUGGAUGGAAGGUAGUGCACUGGAACACAAUGGAAAGACACCAAAGCACAUCAUGAAUGAACUGGUUUUAUUGUAGUUGGUACUUUAUUCUCACAGACAAAGCAAUAACAAGGGUUUUUGACACAUAUUGCAUUUUUCAGAUUUCCCCAGGUUUCUGGGAUCCAGUUUGGCUUUGAUCCCAAUGGAAAACCUGGCCACAGAGUCAUCGCUGAGACUGUGAAGGUUCAAGGCAAGAGUCUGGAUAGAGACAGAAAGUAUGUGGUGGCCAUGAAAGAAUUCUUAACAAAGGUAUGGUAUAUUCUUCUGCUUCAUAUUAGCACACUCAGCCACAGCCACUGGAAUAGCAGUCUAGACACUCCCUAUGCUAGCAGGCUAAUAAAAAUGUAGAAAAAAUUAGUCUAUUAGUUAGCGGCGGAAGAUGCAGUGGUUUUAAGUGGACAGGUAAAACUGUCUCCUCACAGCAGUUUAGCAAGCAGCCAUUUGGCUUCAGGGCAAUGGAAACAUUGACAAUAGUCUCCUUUAUAUCCUCUCGUUUUGUCCUCAGGGCAAAGAUGGCUACACCAUGUUCAGUGGCUGUCCUCAUAGGAACGACAUAGAGAAUGCUCAGAUCCUGUCUACCGUCCUUAUCAACCACUUUGAGUCUGGCCAGAUCUUCAGAGGCAUGAAGAGGUGCAAGUCUGGCCACAGGAUGGGCCUUAUCAAGGUGUCCAGCAGCCCCUCUGUGUCUGGUGAGCACAGCUGCUUCAUUCAUUCAUAACACUCACCUCCAAGAGCUGACUAAUAUCCAAUCUGUCCUGUUUUUCAUUGUUGUGUUGAUCACAUCUGUGAUUGAGAGCUAACCUGGAGUGUGUAUUGAUGGUAUUUCUGCAGCCAUUGAGAGAUCCAAGAGUGAGAAUCUGGAGGGAGAGGUGAGAGUGGCUGUGGUGCCCGGAGUGGAGGGCAGGAUAUUCCAUGUCCACCCUGAGGGCCAUUCAGAAACAGAAAGCUAA